AUGGUGACGGUGGGUCCGGCUUUGCUGCCGUUGCAGCCGUGGCAGGCAGCGCAGCAGGUGCAGCCAACGUUGCUGCUGCUGCCGAUGCAUGCUCCGAUGGCAUGUCCAGCCUCGGACGUUCCGUUGGAGGGGCCCAGAGGUGCCAGGAGUGCCAGGAGCUACGGCAGCUACGGCACUCCCAGGCCCGAGCAGUGCUGUGGCCAUGCGACGAGGGCUUCCGCACCCUCCGUGGCCGAGGUCUCCACAGCGCCCUCAGAGGCAUCGCCACGCUUCCAGGACGCGGACAAGCUGGUUUCCAGGAUCUCCGCAUCCACCGCUCGACGAAUCCGCCGCAAGCGCGCUGCCGAGCGGGAGGCCAAGGCUGAUGCUCAGUUCGCUCAGACGGAAGACAAGAGGGGAGCUUCGCCCCUUUUUGCAGCAUCAGACAAGGGCAAUGUGGCGGUGGUACGAUUCUUGCUGGAUUGUGGUGCCCGUGUCAACCUGCAAGGUGGCCCUGAUCAUGGAACGCACGCCGUCGUUACCUUUGCAAGCCCGCUGUACGCUGGUUGCCAGAACUGCAACGAGGAGAUCGUGCAAAUCUUGUUGGAUGCCCGCGCCGACGUGAAUGAGAGGACAGGAGAUGGGGCAACAGCACUGAUGGUUGCGGCCCAGAACGGGAACGAGAAAGUCUACCGCCGAGUCCUGGCCGCCUGCGACACGACGACCAUAAACCUGGAAGAUCCGACUGGUUUAAUGGCCUUGUAUUUUGGCGCCCAGAACGGCCACACAGGGAUUGUCGGCAUGCUUUUGAAAGCCAACGCGUCGACAGACGUGCGCAGCCUCGACGGAGCCACGCCGUUGUUCAAAGCGGCUCAGAACGGGCACCAGGAGGUUGUCGUACCCUUGCUGCAACACAGGGCCGAUGUUUUUGCAGCGGCGCAUGAUGGCACCACGCCUUUGAUUUUGGCAGCUUACAACGGGCACGUGUAUGUGGUGGACGUCCUGGUGCCAGAGAUCAUAAACAGGGCCGGCGUGAAAGGGCUAGACAUCAGCAUGCAGAGCAGCGGCGCGACAGCAAUGUUCGUGGCGGCACAGGCAGGGAAAGACGGCAUCGUGAGGAAGCUGGGCCUUUACGGGGCCUACGUUCCUGAGUUGCUGGCCGUCGAGAUCGCCCACCAUGGCUCCACAUGGGUGAAUCGUCAUGAGCUCCAGCUUCGGGCCGGAUCGCAUCCCGCCCAUGCGAUCCGUGAUCAUGCCGGCAUGAACAUCGACAUUGCUGUUGGCUGCGACUCUAUCAUCACUGUCUAUUCCAACACCACAGAUCCAGUCUAUAUUCCGUGUGGUCGGUUCGCCCACAUGCAAGCAUCGCAUGUCGUGGAAAUGGCUGGCCGCAGCCCGAACACGAGUGCACUUUGCCUGGAUGGUGUCCUGCUUGCCCCCCACCGGUAUGUUCCAGGUGGCAGCGAAGUCUUAAUCUGUGCCGUCAGUCUGCAGGCUCCCACUCUCGCUGGCCCGAGGCUGAAUGCAGCCAAUAUGCAGCUCCGUCGCGAUCUCAUCCACGUACUCGAGCGGCAUGGACUUGGCCAAGAACUUCUCAUGGCAAUGUUCACCAAGACAGUGGAUGAACAGGUUGUGCCGGGAUUUCGCUUGGGGGAGGCACCGAGAAGCAGGACUUCCGGAAAAUGA